UUACGCGAUUGGCUACUUAAAAAAGCCAUUGAAGUCGCGAACGCGCGGUUUGCAGAGCGCAUUUCGCUCUCUAUAGUCAACAGGACUAACUUGAAUUUUUGAUAUCAUUGUACAGGCAUAUUUUCUUUCAAAUGUUGACCAGCCGUUAUUAGUGGAAGGUAUUGAGUUUUGACGUGAAUAAAUUAAGUGAUGAGUUUUUGAUUGUUGUGACGAAUCAUGGAAGAUAAGAAACUUAUUGGAGCCCUGCAAGUUAGAAAGGCAUUGGAUAUUGAGUUUGAAAAUGUUUGGCUCAGAGUGAAAAGUGGAAAAGGAUACAAGAAAAUUAUCAAGGGUGUCACAGGACAUUUUAAAUCUGGAGAACUGGCAGCCAUUAUGGGGCCUUCUGGAGCCGGAAAAACGUCAUUAUUAAACGUAUUAACUGGUUAUCAGACAUCAGGAGUUCAGGGCGUAAUAAAAUGCAAAAAUGGCAGAAAAUCAAAAAUAGGCGUGAACCAAUAUAAAAACGACUCCUGUUACAUUCUUCAAGACGACCAUUUAUUUUCUUAUUUCACUGUAUAUGAAAUUAUGGCUUCCACUACCCAAUUAAAAAUUGCCGGACUCUCAAGCGAAAAAAUUGACUGUCUGAUUAGGGAUAUUCUAAAUACUCUAGGACUAAUAAAUGCUAAAAAUACUCUGUGUGGAAGUCUUUCCGGGGGACAAAAGAAGAGACUAUCAAUGGCCUUAGAACUAAUUGAUGAUCCACCGAUUUUAUUCUUAGAUGAACCAACUACUGGUCUAGAUAGCAGUGCAGCAACCCAAUGCAUUCUCUUACUCAAAACUUUAGCAGAAAGAGGACGAACGAUAGUCUGCACCAUACAUCAGCCAAGCGCCACCUUAUACCACACAUUUAGUCAAGUUUAUGUAAUGGCACAAGGCAAAUGCUUAUAUCAAGGUGCUCCUGCUAAUACAGUACCAUAUUUGGCUUCGCAGGGGUUUAUCUGCCCAAAAUACCACAACCCUGCUGAUUUUCUAAUUGAAGUUACCAAUGAGGAACAUGGUGACUGUGUAGAUAGACUUGCAGUGGCUGCCAAAGAGUUUGAUUGGACGAACAGUAUUAUUACAAAAGACAGUGAAAAAGAAAAAGAGUGCGAAAUGGAUAUUACACGUAAAGAUUCUUACUUUUACCCAAUAGAGCAAUGCGAUUCAGUUAGAAAAAGGCCUUCGGAAUAUGAAAGAUUUUUCAUUUUAGUUAGGAAACAACUCAUGUACUCAUACAGGGAUUGGACUGUGGUAAAGCUGAAAUUGAUGAUCCAUCUCCUAGUAGGAAUAUUUUUAGGAAUAACGUUUCAAAGAAGUGGAUACGAAGCAUCAAAAACUAUCCAAAACGUAUCAUUCCUUAUUAUUAGUUGCGUUUAUAUCACUUAUACAGCAAUUAUGCCAGCUGCUCUAAGAUUUCCUCAAGAACUCUUAAUUAUCAAAAAAGAGCAUUUUAACCGAUGGUAUAAGCUACGGACGUUUUAUGCAGCAUUUUUAGCAGCUGACGUACCUAUGCAGGUGGCAUUUUCGAUGGCUUAUACUGUAGGGUCUUACGUUAUCAGUUCCCAGCCUUUGGAGUGGAGCAGAUUUCUCAUGGUUCUGCUUAUCCAAUGUUUGGUUGGUCAGGUGGCAGCUGGUAUGGGCAUUAUGUAUGGCGCAUUAGUAAAUCCAAUUAACGGUACAUUCUGGGGAGCCAUUACCACAGUCCUAAUGUUAUCAGUAGCAGGUUUCCUGUGUUUCUUUCCACACAUGAACAAAGUGCUUUACUUUAUGUCCAAUUUAUCGUACUUAAGUUUUUCUAUGGAAGGUUUAAUGCAAGCGAUCUACGGAUACAACAGAGAAACCCUCAUUUGUCCAGAGGAAGAAAUAUAUUGCUUAUAUACGGAACCUUCGAAACUUCUGGCAGAUAUCGGAAUGGACAAACUACCGUAUUGGGUGGAUGUUGGUUGGAUUGUAGUUAAUAUGAUUCUUUUUAGGACUUUGGCUUUUUGUAGUUUAAGUUAUAAGGUUAAGCAUUUAUAAAUUGAUGGACGUAAUAAUUUGAAGGGAUUGGUUGACGUUAUUAUUAAAUAAUUUUAAUAUAAAAACAUCUGAAUUAAAUAUCUAUAAUAACUAAUUAAAGAAAAAAUACACUUAAAAAGGGUUGUGAUUAAUCGUAAGAUUGAAAUAGGUUAUAGUGUAAAUAAAUUAUGAGGACGGGUAUAUAUGCAAGUAAAAAGGAUUUUUAAGUAUUGUAUAUUAUAUUUUAUAAAAUAUUUUAAUAUAGUGAGACUAGGUCAAAUUGCUAAUGUAUUUUAAAUUAUUUGUUUACUAUUCUAAAUAUAUGAGCUUUAAAACAA